AUCGAGGAGUCUUUGGUUUGUUAAAAAAAAUAGAAAGAAACUAGGGCUCUACUGUCGUUCCCCUUCGAUCCGCCUCACCUCAUCCGUCAACGGCCAUCUGUUGCCUCUCUUAUCGGUCGUCGGCCACCUGCGGCCUCCCUCAUCGGUCGCCGACCCCCUGUCACCUCUGCAAUUGAUCAAAAUUUUGCACUUUUGAGCAACGGCUCUCAACGCGCCACGUGUAAUAUCUUUCAACCGUCAGCAAGCUUUGUAUCCUUAGCUUCUUCCCCAUUUCUGCCUUCGUAUCUCGAAGAGUUCUUCCGCAGACCUACUAGCCGAAUAAUGGCUUCCAGAUUUCUCGCAGCCGCCGUCCGCCGAUCGAUAUCCCCCAGACUCCUGACACCCACCCGCCCUCUCUCCACCACCGCGGCGGCCGUGGCGGAACCCUACGAUGAGACCGCCGGAAUCUCAAUGAAAGGGGUAAAGAUCUCAGGAAGACCACUCUACCUAGAUAUGCAAGCCACUUCCCCUGUUGACCCUAGGGUACUCGAUGCUAUGCUCCCUUACUUCGUUUCUCAAUACGGAAAUCCUCACUCACGCACUCACCUCUACGGCUGGGAAUCCGACGAGGCGGUGGAAGCUGCACGACUGCAAGUCGCCAAUCUCAUCAACGCGUCGCCAAAAGAAAUCGUCUUUACAUCCGGUGCCACUGAGUGUAACAACAUCUCUGUAAAGGGCGUGAUGCACUUCUACAAGGAAAAGAGAAAGCACGUAAUCACGACUCAGACUGAGCAUAAGUGUGUUCUCGAUUCAUGCCGUCAUUUGCAGCAAGAGGGUUUUGAUGUCACGUAUCUCCCGGUGAAACCCGAUGGUUUGAUCGAUCUAAACGAGCUCCGAUCUUCAAUUCGGAGCGAUACAGGGCUUGUGUCGGUGAUGGCUGUGAAUAACGAGAUCGGAGUUAUUCAACCAAUGGAAGAAAUCGGUGAAAUAUGUAAGGAAUUCAACAUCCCGUUUCAUACAGAUGCAGCUCAGGCGUUGGGGAAGAUUCCAAUCGACGUCAACAAGUGGAACGUGAGCUUGAUGUCGUUAAGCGGACAUAAAGUCUAUGGUCCGAAAGGCGUUGGAGCUUUGUAUAUGAGGCGGCGACCUCGAAUUAGGGUUGAGCCACAGAUGAACGGAGGUGGACAGGAAAGAGGGAUCAGAAGCGGGACAGUUCCGACUCCAUUGGUGGUCGGAAUGGGAGCCGCCUGCGAGCUUGCAAUGAAGGAGAUGGAAUACGAUGAGAAGUGGGUGACAAAACUGAAAGACAGGCUUUUAAAUGGAGUCAGAUCAAAGCUUGAUGGGGUUGUGGUGAACGGAAGUACUGAAAGUCGAUAUGCAGGUAACUUGAACUUAUCGUUUGCAUAUGUUGAAGGUGAAAGCUUGUUGAUGGGGUUGAAGGAGGUGGCUGUAUCAAGUGGAAGUGCAUGUACUAGUGCUAGUUUGGAGCCUUCUUAUGUGUUGAGAGCUUUGGGUGUUGAUGAAGAUAUGGCGCAUACUUCAAUUAGGUUUGGGAUUGGGAGGUUUACCACUGAGGAAGAGAUAGAUAAAGCUGUUGAAUUGACUGUUAAUCAAGUUGAGAAGUUGAGGGAAAUGAGUCCACUUUAUGAAAUGGUGAAGGAGGGGAUUGACAUCAAGAGUAUACAAUGGUCUCAACACUAACUUAGUGGAGUUGCUGGUGUUCUUACAGGAGACAACAGAACCCUCAUGGUGGCGAACUCGAUAACAAAGUCAUUGAAGCUGAGGCAUCAAACACAAUCUGCAUCUAAAAGACCAAAAUACUAAGAGUAAGAGACAUGCCUAUGAUAAAUAAGGGUCUUUGCAUUCCAAUUGUUAUUUAUAACCUAAACAGCUAAACUAGAUGCAGGAUUACUUUUUGAGUUACCUUUUUUGUGAUUUCUGUAUUUGUAUAUUUUAUCUUCUUAUACCAAGCUACAUGUUGGUGAUUUUAGUGUCAUCAGGACAUUUUGUGUAAUUGAAACUUACAUGUGAGUUAAGGGGUUUCAUAAUUUGUACUCUAA